GCAACUUCAUGUUGUAAAAGUUUUUCCGAAAAAUUAGAGAAUUUAUUAAAAUUCAGAGAAAAAAACUGUGUAUAGACUCAUUUAAUUUACACAAACAAGCCAGAACAGCUGAUUAGAUCAUUAUUUAUUAAAUAACACAUAUAACAUUCGAAGUAACAACACAAAAAAAAAUCAAGACAAGAAAAAAGUGACUACUAAAGGAAAUCGUGAAAAUUCAAGCAUAAAACAUACAUGCUGAAGCAAAAGAUCAGUCAUAGCAUUAAGAGAGUAAAGAAUCAACCAAUCACGUUUAUACAAAUACAUCCUGACUCUCAGUUCACAUUUAUAUUCUCUGAGUAAUCGAAUACACACGGAAAAUAAGCUCAUUCAGUGUUUUGUGACAUUCUGUACAUGCAAGAGCUGUUUUUGGACUCGAUAAUAAUAAUAAUAACACAAGACUGUUGAUUUGAAGACGAUAAAGUUGUGAUUUUGCAAUUUGUGGAUAAAAUAGGCCAAAAACAUUAGUAAAUAGAGUUGUGAAAAUAAUUUAAUUUUGUUAUCUUUCGUGUGUAAAUGUAUUUGAGAAAAUGAUUAGUUCAAAAGAAUUAGUUGACAAUUUGAUUGUGGGCAGCAUAACAAGCUUUUCGCCCCAAACAAUGCGAUUACUGGAUUUGAUUGAGAAUAACCAACAAGUGCCUUUAAAUGAUGUAGCACUCAAUGAUCCAGACCAGCUGUCAGUAGCAAUUUUUAAUUAUCCAAUUAUUAAAGAUGAUUUAUAUAAAGAGUUUAGUGAAGCAGCAAAGAGAAUAUCGUCGGCAAAAUAUGCAUAUUAUAAGAAGUCUGCAGCAUUUAAAGACAAUUUUACUAAAUUAUGUACCGAAACAUUUAAUAAACAUCAUCAAUCUGACGUUCCAUUAAGUCAUUUGGAGCAAAUUCAAAAGGUCAGAAGUGCCAUAAGAGUUAUCAAAUUUAUUGGUGAAUUAUAUGUGGCUGAUUUCUUCAUUAACUGUAAUAUUGCACAUUUUCUGGAAGUGUUAUCAAAAAAUAUUGUGGAAUCAAAAGUGUCGCAAGACUGUCUUGAAUGUCUAAUAUCAAUCAUAUCAAAUCGUGUGAAAAAUGAAGUUAAACUAUAUAAACACAAUAUUCAUACAGCAGCGAUAAUAAAUUUUAUUACGGACUACGAGAAUGAAACUUCGAAAAUUAAAAGAAACUAUAAAGACCUUGAAAUAAUUGAAGCUGUUAAUAAAACAAUCAAAAAUAAAUCAUUGAAAGGCUCAAAUAAUCGUUAUACUAAGGACACAUCCCGUAGUGAAACUGUUCGUCAAACAAAGAAAAUUUUCGAAACAAUUUUAUCCGGCAACAUGAAUUUAUUGUAUUGUGUCGAAACUGCAUAUGAUGUAAGCAUUAUAUUUCCCGAUUCUUUUGAAAAUGAGAUGCUUCAAUUGUGUUUUGACUAUAUUAAAAAGUCAUUUGAAGCACCUGAUGAGAAUUUAAAAGCCAAAUGUAUCGAAAUUGUGAGAUUUAUUGGAAUGUUAUACAGCAAUGAAGCCUUAACAAACGACGGCGUUAAAGGUACAAUAAAUUUUUUAUACAAAUUCGAUUCAAUCUUUUCGGAACCAUUAACAAAUGUCAUUUUUGCUGAGAUUUAUGAUAAAGUUAUGGACAUCGAUGACGUAUUAUUGAAGCAAGUAAUUCCGGAAAAUUUUGUAAAAAUAUCAAAUGGAUCAGCGAGUGAGAAAGAACUUGAAAUUAGUGAUGUUGAGAAUGAGAAAGAAGAAGUUGAAGUUCCAAUGAUAAGAAAGCAAUCAACACCAGACAUAAUAAUACCGAAAAGUCAUUCGAUUUGUGAAAGCACUAAUGUCAUUGAUCCGAUUGAGAAAUUCAAAGAAUUAUUAAUAAAAUUAUCACCAACGAAUGUAGCGUACAUCUUGAGAGAAACAUCAGGAGUGAAAUUUUCAAUUGGCGAGGAUAUGAUUAAGGAAUUGGCAACACAUCUUAUUGAGCAUGCUGUAAACAAGCCGAUAUUAAUUAAAUCGAUCACUCAGGUUGCUGUAAAGUUGCCUGACACAAUUGUUCCACAUUUUAAUACAUGCUUAAUGAAGAAACAUUUACGUGCCUUAAUUUCAUCAAAAAUCACUGGAUGUUCCGAAAGAGAAUCUGUUGUUUAUGGACAACUCAUUAAAGAGCUUCAUUCCGCCAAUUAUUACGACAGAUUUGAUAUAAUUAUUUUAUUGGACAAUUUUACUGAAAAUUUUAAUCACGAUCGAACAGCAUUGACCUCACUUUUACAAUUCAUUGAUGAGUUCAAGGACAUCUUGAUCGGGAAGAAAUUGUCAAAAAAUAUGAAACAAAAGCUGAUUAAUAUUUCUUCCAAGCUAUCGAUCAAAAUGAGUGAAGAGAGUGACGAGGAACUAAUGGAAACAAUUUCAAAUGCUAUAAAAACACUCAAUUCCGAGACACGUCCGCAAAGUGAAAGUUCAUCAAGUUCUAAAAAGGAAAUUAACAACAAUUACAAAAUUAAUGGUGAUCUGCCUGAUUAUAGAUCAGAAAGUAACAGCCAAAGUGAGAAUUCAUCGCCAUCACCAAUUCAAUUGCCUCCAAUGAAUUUACCCCCACCAAAAAUGUUCAUUCCACCCCCAAACUUUGUUUUUGUGGCUUCUAAAAGUGCAUUUGAAAUCAUGGAGAACAGAAAUAGCUGGCCAAGUUUAGAAACGAAAGGAAAGCAUCAGAUGAGCUUCAAAACUGUUGUUGAUACGAAAAGUGAUGACGAUUUCAGCAUUCGGCAAUCCGGUUCUACAAGCUCGGUGUCGAUCAGCUUGCAAGAGAUCGAAAUGGAAUCAGAUGAGUUUUAUGACACAGCAUCAAAUGCAGAAAGCUUCGCAUAUGAACUGAAGAAUGACAUUGAAAGUGAAAGCGCAUAUUCAAGCUUAAUUGAUGCACGGUUCAGUAAGGAAGACAUUUUCAAAAAUAUUAUUCGGUGCCAAUUUUCAUACAAUAAUGAAGCAAUUGAGAGUUUCGCGACAUUAUUCAUUAAACGUGGAAUGAAGAGUAAAAAUAGCGGAUAUAUGGACAUAAUUGAGGAGAUUCGGGAAAGCUUGACACAAAAUGAAGAACUUUUUGGAAAAUUCACUUUAAUUCUAGAACAAAAGUUCAUCGAAUUUAUUCAAAACUUACCAAAAGCUGACGUGGACGUGACGAAAUCUGACAAACGGAAGCAUUUACAGUUGAUAUUGUUAAUUGGUGAAUAUUACAAUAUGGGAUUUAUGAAAAAUCAGACAUUUAUAGCAUGUCUUGAGAAACUUUUAAAUGACAUUGGAACCGAUCAUCAAAUUACACUUUUUCAUCAAUUAAUUAAAAUAUCCUUUGAUAAAAUUAUUCAAAAUGGCAUCACGAAUGUGAUUAAGACCUUUAUGGACAUGCUGGCUAAAAAACUUCCAACAAUUGUCGAUGCAAACGAUCGAAACUUAGCAGCAUGGGAACUUUAUGUAACAAUGAAAAUUUUAAUUUAUCGUCAACAAAAGGCACAGAUGCAAUGUCCAGUGACUUACUUUAAACUGUUUAUAUCAAAUUUAAAUGAAGAGUCGAUUGUGAUGAAGCUGGAGGAACUAAAAUAUCGUUAUUGCUAUAAAAAAGAACAAAUUGCUGAAAUUGUUGAAUUUUUUCUAUUGACUGCCAUUUCAAGCUUCCAAACAGCCAUCUAUGUCAAGUUAGCUGACGAACUACAUGCAAUUAAGUCAGCGACUGACGAUAGCUAUACAUUCCAGAAGCAUAUGGAAUUUAAGUUACAUGACGUCAUCAAAAAUAUCCUUAAUGACAUCGAGAAUGAAACGAAAAUGAUUAAAUUAUUUAAUAUGACGUCAUUUGUCGGCGACUUGUUUGUUGGCAAUGUCGCAUCAAUUUAUCUUGUUUUAUGUAUUUUGGAGAUGUUGUUGGAGAAGGAAGUUGAAAGUAAAAAGAUUGUGGACUGUAUUAAGAUUUUACUACAAAAAGUUGGAUAUAAAAUUGACCUGGACAGUGUCUUGAUCCUCGACAAGUUCUUUCUGUUCUUUAAGGAAGUCAUUAAGUGCGAUAAAGGAUAUCGUCGGGUUGUUUUUAAAGAAUUGAUUGAUCUGCGAAUGAAUAAAUGGAAUCGAAUGGAAAACGAAAGAAAUUUGGAAGUUAUUGAAGAGCUUUUUGGGAAAUUGACGCACGCAAACUUCAUACAAAUUUCAUUCUUUAUUUGCGGGAUACUGUCUAAAAAUUUUGAGCUUAUUGAAUUAUUUGUAAAAUUAAUUUGGAAACUUAUUUUAAAUAAUCCGGAAUCGGUGCUGUUAUAUGCUAAAUUGUCGAGUGCAAUUUCGAAUUAUAAUGAGGCAUUUCGGAGUAAUUUGAUGUUAUUUAUGAAGCACAGAAAUGAAACUUUUAAAACUAUUUGUUGUGAGCCGAUCGUACCAGGUGAAGCGAAAUUAAAGCUAUCGUCUGUUAUGAUGUUUAUGUCGUACCUUUAUGCAUUUGAUUUUUGUGAGGAUGAUGAUAUUGGACUAUGGAUACAUCCGUCGUUUACCAAGCAAUUGACGAUGGGACAGUGCAAUGAGAUUAGUCAUAUUUUAGGGACGAAAAUUAACGAAUCGAAGAAUAAUGAGUUGUUGAGAGCUUUUGUGGCACUGAUGGAGUUCCAUUCGCGUGAGAAUUUAUUUGCUGUCAUCAAGAGUGUCAAGAAUGAGCUUUCGGAUUUGCCUAAAUCCAUUUCCUUUUUUUCCAAGUCAAACUCAAGAAAAUUGUAAUUAAAAAUUAAUUCUCAAAUCAUGGAAAUGCUUGUGAUUUUAUGUGCCUUAAAUACUUAAAACAAAUUUACAAGAACAAGAAAGUAUAUUUACUGUUUUUUACUGUUGAACAACUUCAUGGAAGAAGCAUUGAUGAUUUUUGAAAUAAAAAUGUUAAAUUAUAUUAAAAAAAACAUGUGUUGGAUGUUAUCGGUUAUUGCACAAUUUUAAACUUUUCUGAUAUUGUUCUUAUCAGUUCUUGAUUGAUUAGAUAAAGUUUAAUUUUUGGGUGUUUUUGAGUUGUCAAGAUAAAGAAUUGGGAGGAUUCUGGAAUUUAAAAGCUAGGAAUGACGAUUUUGGUUAUCAGUGCUGCAAUAGGAUGUCGUCAUCAAUAACAUAAUACAAAAAUAUUUCAGGGCGUGGGUUACAAAAAAUCCAGCACAUGCUGUCCGUCUAGACUAAGUAAGAAAUAUUUGUCACCCAACUACCUACAAAGUGCGACAAUAAAAUCAAAUGAGCCGUGCAUCCCGAGCGGCACAAAGGUGUCAUAUAACUGUCAUAUGACUGCCAUAUGUCAGCUGCCACGUGUCAAUUGCCAUCGUUUGAUGGCAAUAAAAACUGCUUUUUGGCAGUCAUAUGACAGAUAAUUGCUAUCGAUGUUGACGAAAUGUCAACCAAAUAGUAUGAUAAAGUAAUCCAUAUGACUGCCAUAUGACUGCCAUCAAUAAAAAUUGACACAAAACGGAAACUGUUAUAUGACAGUUUCUAGGCAGUUUUAUGACAGGCACAGAUGGCAGUACUUUUAUCAAAUUUCAGUUAA